AUGAAAAAGUUUUUAACCCUACUGAUGUUUUUUAUUUUGGCUAUUAGUGUCGGGUGUACUCCAGAUCAACCGAUUACACAACUGGAAGUUGGCAGAAAUAAGCUGCUCGGUGCCGGUUUAUCAAUCGAAGCCGUUAACCACCUAAAAAGGGCGGAAACUGAAGAAGCCAAUACUCCAGCUGAAAAAGUGGAACCACGAGCCUUAUUACUGGUUGCCUACUCACAUGCCCUCGCUACCGGAGACGCUAAAACUCAAGAAGUUGAGAUCCCGGGGCUUGAAGCCGAAUACAAGCAGGCGCGAAGUGUAAGAAUUGCAGCAUUAAGCAAUAUUGAAAUGAAGAGAAUACUUCAACUGCUUGCUGAACGACAUCGCACACAAGACGCAACGAUACAGAUCUUGGUCGAUAAAGGAACAGAUGCUGUCCCCAUAUUGAUCGAAUAUCUCGGUAUAAGAAGAUAUUUGGUCCUUCGACCUGAUUUAAUUGAAAUGCUGUAUCAAAUCGGUUCCAAAAGUGUAGACCAGAUGACAGCUGCGCUCAAUGAUUCCAAUACCUCUACAGAAAUUAAAAUGAUCCUGGCACAAUUGAUUGGGCGGAUAAAUGAUUCGCGUGCAAUUCCCGCUCUAGAAGCAAUUCAAAGCGAAAGUGACCCAGGAUUGAAGAUGGAAAUCAACAUUGCGCUUUAUAACCUUGGCAAGCAAGAGUAUCGGACGCAAAUUAUCACUGGGUUAAGUGAUAACGAUAUUACGGUUCGUCGUGCAGCUGCGCAAGCGAUGUUGCGACUUGACAAUCCCCCAGCGGAUGAGCUUGUCAGCACUCUCAACGACUCUGAUGCACAGGUGCGUAUGUAUGCGGGCCAAACGCUUGAAAAAUAUCCAACUGAAAACGCCAUCGAUCGACUCAUCGAAAUUCUUACAAAUGAUACAGAUGAAAGCGUGAAAGAAGCAGCAGCAAGAGCUUUAAUCGUUCAUGGUGGACAAGAUUUUGGAAAAGGGAUAGCACGGCGGCUCAUUAAGGCGUUGCCGGAAGUAAGUGAACCAAAGGAUCGGAUACGGAUUGUCCUAGUCCUUAAAAAAGAUGCGCUUGUAGAGCAGAUUAAAAAUGCUGCAAAAGCGCAUGAUGAUAAUAUCGAAUACGACCUCUUUCUCUACUUUAAGAACGAAGAGCAGAAUGAUAUGGUAAAGGAAGAACUCAGUAUGUUACUAAAUGGUUUAAGAGAUUAA